GAGUUUACUUUUAUGCUAUAAAUAGUGUAAUUAUCCAGGUUGUACUCUCAUCUUUGUUGGCAUAUGUCGCUCAUUUGACGCCCAAUACUCCCCCUUAGUUCUCUCUUCCUAAAUUGAAACUCGCUUUUCAAUUCCUUAGGGAUUGAAUUCCGCAAUAAAAAGUGUCCUUAUCUCAAUUUCCACCUAUGUACGUGUUUAGUCGAAUCCAUUCAACCGUUUUUGCGUGUUAAUAAAUCCAAACAAACUUACUUUCACAUUUACUCGUAUAAUAUUACUCAGGAACGAGGCUAAAGUAUAGAAUAUUAUCAAUCUGCUUUUGUUAUGCCUCACCUUACUCGCACAUGAUACAAAACCAAGCGAACUUAAUAACUAUUACAUAUUAUUACAGAAUUUAGAGUUGAGUUAUUUUUACAAUGGGCUCUCCUCCAGAGUUAAAACACUAACACUUGUACAUGCUAAUUUUAUAGACGUAAUGCAACAUACAUAAUAACAACAAAAGUUGAGACUUUUUGCCUCAUUUGUGUGCAAAUCGUCUAUUUAUAUGGGAGCACACAGUAGAUGCGUUGCGGAAGUUCAAUUUGCUACUGGUUUUAUCGACUUGCUUACGUAAGUAGGUGAAAAUUAAAAUCGUAUUAUUUUUUUCUAACGGGUGAUAACAAAAAGUUUAGAAUUAUUUCAGAGCUGUGAAAAAAUACUCAUAUACCUAACUUUUUACGAUACUUUGUUAUUAUUAGGCAAUAUAUAUAUGAUAAUUAUUUACAAUAACAUUAAUGGAUGUUAGAAUAGGGCCCGUGGUCAGCUUUUUUUUAUAAAAAUGAAAUAAAAUCUUUAUUGCCACACAAACAAAAUUUACAAUUUCCAUGAAAAUAUGGGUAUUUCGAAGGCUAAAAAAUACAAAAUAACCUAAACUUAUCAACUUAACAUAAUAAUUAUCCCAAUCUCAGCAUGUGCAGUGCCAGAGGGUCCCGGGAGAGAUUGGGGUCGGUCACUACUAGCAUAAUGAACCUUUCUUAGGUACAGCUCUAUAUUUACAUUUUUAUGUGUAUUUGUGUGUGCCUGUACUAUAGUGUAUUAGUUUGCGUAUAUGGGUAUGUGGGGCUGGUAUGUAGAUAUGUGGUGUAGGUAAGAAUGUACUUUGUAUUGUGUGAAAAAAUGAAAAAUGAAAAAAAAUGAAAAAUAUCUUUAUUAUCUAUUUACAAACAUAUAGUAAGCAUUUGCUGGGGCCUCUCUUUAGGCUUACAAAGCCUGUGUUGAGAGUGUUGAGACGUCCCGCUCUUCCACAACCGUAAUUACUUGUAGUUGCAUUAUAUUACAAAAUUACAGUUUUUUUUUUUUUUUAGGUAUUUAUGUAUAUUUAUUACAUAUAUUUUUAAUGUUUAGGAUAGGAGUGUGUUCAUGUGUGUGUGUGUGUGUGUGUGUGUGUGUGUGUGUGUGUGUGUGUGUAAUCGUGCGUGCGCUUGGGAAUACACUCUUUACAGUUGGAGUAGUCGCUCCGUCUCAUGAUAAUUUUUUGCCUGAAGCCAUUUUGGAAUAACUGUUUUACAGUGAUGGUAAUUUUUUCCAUAUAUGUUGAGAUACCUAUUUAUUACAUUAUACAGGUGAUUUGAUAAUUUGUAAAAUUGUCUUCUUGCAAAUAUGGUUCUAGUCUUAUUAUUCACAACAACAUCUUUCCUUCUUCUAUUUUCUGUACUAGAAUCAUAUGGCAAGGAUCUAUGUACUUUUAAAACUGUGGACAUUAUAUAUAGUUGCCUAACAGUUAGGAGGUUAGAUAUGGUGUACAGUCUUUCUGUGGAGAAUCUUCGUUUUUUAAAAUACAUUACUUUAAUCAAGCCACGCUGUGAUCGUUCUACCUGAAUAUAUUUGGUUUUUGCUGCCCCUCCCCAAACCGGUAUGCAAUAUCUCAAUACUGAUUGAACCAAAGAUAUAUAAAUUUCUUUUAAAAGGUCUCUACUGGAUAUCUUUUAUUCAGAGUUCGUUCUUGGUACAACCUCUCUUAAUGUUUUGAAAAUCCAAGUCAGUUUACGUAGUCGUCCAGAAACAUGUUCGAGGUGUGGAUACCAGGAGAGGCGCUGGUCUAGAAAUAUACCUAGAUAUUUGGUGGUCGUUACCUUUUUGAUGAUAAUAGGACAGGUACAGUUUCCUAUGCUAGGGGUAUUGCAACAGCUGUGGAUUUUGAUGGUAAAGUCUUCAUUUGGCUGAGAAUCAUUGUAGAUGCCAAAACAUAUAUAAUUGGUUUUAUCAGUAUUAAGGGUAAGUAUAUUAUUGUUAAGGUAUUUUCCUAUUUGCUGUAAUAAUAAUAUAGCUGUGUGUAUUAUGUUUUGUCAGUACCUAAGCAUUUUAAGAUUAUUAUAGAUAAUGUAAUGUUUACCCUGGUAUUGGCUGUUGUAUUUAUAAAUGUUGUUAUGUAUUGUUCAUGACACUAUAUGAUGUUAUUAUAUAUAUUGCCUGGUAUUGUAGAAUUAUUGCUAGUAUAGUAUCAACCUUUUCCAGGUAUAUCAGUUUUUCUAAAAGGAAAAUAACUUAUAUCAUCCAAACUGAAUGAUUUCCCUUUGUAAUUUCGAGUCAUCUAGCGACACCGAGACAUGAUUGUCGAUGUUUACUGAUCAGUGUAUUCCGGGGCUCUUACCUUCUAGCAGCAUUCCAGAUCUAUCUUUUUUAAUGAUCGACAAAUUUACGAGACAUGACGAAGAUAAAGGAAGGCUUGGGCGAGAAGCUGGCGGUGGUCUCCAACUUGCUGGGCACCGCGAUCAUUAGCAUCUGCCAGUCCUUUCCUCUCGGUUGGGAACUUACUCUUGCGUGUCUGACAGUGCUCCCGUUUUCGUUAGCUGCGUCCAUAAUAUUAUCCGAUUAUCAAUCCACAUCUUCAGUACGUGAGAUGAUGUCGUACAGCAAAGCUGGAAAACAUGCAGAAGAAAUGUUUAAAUCCUUUAAAACAGUUGUGGCAUUUGCCGGUGAAACCAAGGAAAUCGACAGAUACAAAGCGUUGUUGGCGCCCGCGGAGCGGUACGGACGCAAGCGCGGGCUGUACACGGGACUGGGCACCGGCUUCAAUUGGGUGCUCACCUACUCGCUCAAUGCCAUCGGCCUCUCCUACGGCACUCGCCUCGUCAUUCAGAAUAUGGAUACCGAAGACUUAGACACGCAACGAUACGUCAUGGGCAAAAUAAUUUCUAUAAUGUUUGGCGUCUACAUGGCAACUCAGUCUAUAACAUUUAUAGUACCUCAUGCGGAGGCUUUUGCAGCGGCGCGCGCCGCUGCUGCCGGAGUGUUCAGUAUAUUAGACCGCAUGCCAAAGAUAGAUAGUAUGAGCCCUAAGGGACUUAAACCUGGUAAAUUUGAUGGUGCAAUAACCCUGGACAACGUAACAUUCAGUUAUCCUUCAAGGCCCGACGUUAAAGUCUUAAAAGGAUUUUCUCUUCGCGUAAACCCUGGGGAAAGCGUAGCUUUGGUGGGGUCGUCCGGUUGCGGAAAAUCUACGAUACUACAACUCUUACAGAGAUUGUAUGAUCCAGCCACUGGCGUGGUUAAAAUUGAUAACUACGAUGUGAAAUCCUUAAAUGUUGGCUACUUGAGGUCUUCUUUAGGUGUGGUUGGCCAAGAACCUGUGCUGUUUCGAGGUACAAUUCGCGACAACAUAGCUAUUAGUCAUCCAGAAGCGACUGAUAAAGAAAUUAUCAAAGUAGCAACAAUGGCAUAUGCUCAUGACUUCAUAAGUCGACUACCUAAUGGUUAUGAUACGAUGAUCGGAGAGCGCGGCGCUUCGCUGUCAGGCGGGCAGAAGCAGCGCAUCGCCAUUGCGCGCUCGCUGCUGCGUAAGCCAAGCGUGCUGCUGCUGGACGAGGCGACAUCCGCGCUGGACCCGCAGUCCGAGCGGCAGGUGCAAGCGGCUCUAGACCACGCCAGCGUUGGCAGGACCACUCUCACCGUCUCUCACAGGUUGUCAACGAUUAUCAAUGCUGAUCGUAUAAUAUGCAUGGACCAGGGUGCUAUAGUAGAGUCGGGCACACAUGAAGACCUCAUGAAAGCCAAGGGAUUUUAUUAUAAGCUAGUCUCAGCUGGUAAAGAUGUAAAAGAAGAUGUAAUAGAAUCUUUACCCAAAGAAAGAGAAAACAACUCUGAGCUACUGGAGAAUAAAGUCCGCCAUGAAAUUAAAAGGCGAUCUACCAAAAGAACAGUCAGGCAGUAUUCUAGUAGAAAAGAGCCUUGCGACUGGAUGACUCCUCGCAGCUCCAUUAGCUCAGUAGUAUCCAAUGGUUUGCAACACUUUUCGCAUAGAUACGGAGGUGAAAUAGAAGAAGCAGAGGAUGACCAAGAAGAAGUGAAACCAGUGAGUGAUUGGGAGUUGCUGAAGCUGAACGCACCCGAAUGGCCGCUCCUUACCAUCGGAGCCAUCGCCGCUACCAUCCAGGGAGCCUGCUUCCCGGCGUUUUCCGUACUUUUCGGUUUUACUUCUGCGAUUUUUGCGUCCUCUGACCCCGCUUACAUGGUCCACAUGGCGGAUUUGUACUCGGGCCUGUUCGUGGUGGUGGCGGCAGUGGCGGGCGUGACAAUGUGUCUGCAAAGCGUCACCUUCACCAACUCAGGCUUGAGGAUGACUACUAGACUACGCCAGCAGUACUUCUCCAGUUUACUCAUGCAGGAAAUAGGGUACUACGAUCGCGAAAGCAAUACGGUCGGCGCCCUUUGCGCGCGGCUGAGCGGCGACACGGCGGAGGUGCAGGGCGCCACGGGGCUGCGCAUCGGGCUCAUCCUGCAAGGCGUCAGCUCCGUCGUCAUCGGCUUCCUGGUGGCGGUCUGCUUUAACUGGAAGCUCACUUUUGUCGGUGCGGCGUUCUUGCCUAUAAUGGUGGGAAGUAUCUGGCUGGAAGGCAUCGUGGCCCAGAAGUCCGUGCAGCAGGAGCGCGACGCCAUGGAGUCCGCUACAUCUGUCGCCACCGAGGCGGUCGUCAGCAUCAGGACCGUCCAAAGCUUGGGCAUUGAGAAAAUUUUCAUCAAGAAGUUCGAGGCAGAGCUGGAGGUGUCAUGCUCCGCCAUAGCCCGGAAGAGCCGGUGGCGCGGACUGGUGCUGGGGCUGGGCGUGUACGUGCCGUUCAUGGCCUUCUGCAUCGUCGUGGUGUACGGCUGUACGCUCGUCGUGCACGAGGGCCUUCCUUACUCCAGCGUCUUCUUGGUGACAGAGGCAGUAAUGUACGGAGCGUACAUGCUGGGACAGUCGUUGGUGUACGCGCCUAGCUUCCAGGCAGCCAAAGACUGCGGAGCGCGAAUCUUGUCCGUCAUCCAACGCCAACCGCACGUCACCACGGAGCCCGGCGUCGUGGACUCCCCGCACUGGUCUGCUACCGGUAAAUUCGGUAUCAAAGAGGCAGAGUUCAGUUACCCGACGCGGCCACACAUACGUGUGCUGCGGGGGCUGGACCUGCAGGUGGAGGCGGGAAAGACGGUGGCGCUGGUGGGCGCCUCAGGCUGCGGCAAGUCCACCGUGCUGCAACUGUUGCAGCGGUUCUACGAUCCAGACUCUGGCACUAUCGAGCUGGAUGGGCAAGAUAUCCGUCGGUCGCUGACGCUUCCGCGGCUGCGGCAGCAGCUAGGCGUGGUUCAACAAGAACCCGUGCUGUUCGACCGCACACUGGCCGAGAACAUCGCCUACGGGGACAACUCACGCCAGCCCUCCAUGGACGAGAUCGUCGCCGCCGCCAAGCAAGCCAACAUACACAACUUCAUCAUCUCUUUACCACAGGGAUACGAUACGAACCUUGGGGCGAGCGGCGCGCAGCUAUCGGGCGGGCAGAAGCAGCGAGUGUGCAUCGCUCGCGCGCUCAUCCGUGCCCCGCGCCUGCUGCUACUGGAUGAAGCCACCUCCGCGCUCGACGCCAACAGCGAACGGGCUGUAACUGAAGCUUUGGAAAAGGCCGCGAAAGGACGAACUUGCAUAACCAUCGCACAUCGGCUUUCCACUAUCAAGGAUGCCGAUCUCAUCUGUGUAUUGGACAAGGGUAAAAUCAUUGAAAAAGGCACUCACACUGAACUUAUGGACAUGCAAGGCUUCUACUUCCGAAUGGAAAAAGGACAACAGCUCGCCUGAUUGCCGCAUCAUUUAAAAAUAGAUGAAUACCUAUGUACAUAAAUAAGUGAUAUAAUUAUAGAUUUUAUAUACGUACAAAAUAAUUUAUUUUAUUUUACUUUGUUUUACAUUAUAUGUUAUUAAAUUUAGAAAGUUUAAGUUGCAGUAGGAGGAGUGUUAGCAAUAGUUUUCGAAAAUUUGAAUACAAAUAUUUGUACUUACAUUUUUUUCUAAUGUUUUAAUAAAGUAAAGUUUCUUCAGUUAAAAAUCAAUUGUUAUUAUUGUAGAUUUUUAAAACAAAAUUUAUUGGGUAGGUACAUUUCAUUUUUUAAAUUAUUGGUAACAAAAAAACAAAAUUUAACUUUGUCAAUUAUUGAUACUAAAACGAAAAACUGCUUUAGUUAAGUUUUAAAAUUUAUUUAAAAAGUUUUAUUUUA